GGGCCGCGUCACGUGGGCGCCGCGCGCCGCUUCCGGCCGCCCUCUCACCCCAAGAUGGCGGCGCCCGUGGGGCCGGUGAAGUUUUGGAAGCCGGGCUCAGAAGGUCCUGGUGUCAGUGUCUCGGAGGAGAGGCAGAGCCCUGCUGAGAGCAGCGCUGUCACUGUCAUCUACAACCCUUAUGCUUCCCUCUCCAUUGAACAGCAAAGGCAAAAGCUGCCUGUUUUUAAGCUAAGAAAUCACAUACUUUACCUUGUGGAGAACUACCAGACCCUGGUGAUUAUUGGGGAAACAGGAUGUGGGAAAUCAACACAGAUUCCACAAUACCUGGCAGAAGCUGGCUGGACAGCUGAAGGAAGAGUUGUUGGGGUGACACAGCCUCGUCGGGUCGCUGCUGUUUCAGUUGCAGGCCGAGUUGCUGAUGAAAGAGGAGCAGUGCUGGGACAUGAGGUUGGCUAUUGCAUCCGCUUUGACGACUGCACAGACCCACAGGCUACAAGAAUUAAGUUUCUAACUGAUGGUAUGCUGGUGAGGGAAAUGAUGGCUGAUCCUUUAUUAACAAGAUACAGUGUCCUCAUGCUGGAUGAAGCUCAUGAAAGGACUCUUUAUACAGACAUUGCCAUUGGCUUACUAAAAAAGGUUCAGAAGAAGCGUGGGGAUCUUCGCCUGAUUGUAGCUUCAGCCACCUUGGAUGCAGAGAAAUUCAGGGAUUUCUUUAAUCAAAAUGAUACCGGUGACCCCAGCAAAGACACCAGUGUGAUCCUCACUGUUGAGGGGAGGACGUUUCCAGUGGACAUCUUUUACCUACAGAGCCCUGUUCCUGACUAUAUAAAAUCAACUGUGGAAACUACAAUGAAAAUUCACCAGAUGGAGAAUGAUGGUGAUAUACUGGCAUUUUUAACUGGCCAGGAGGAAGUGGAGACUGUGGUUUCCAUGCUCAUAGAGCAGGCUCGGGCCCUCGCUCGCGCCGGCAUGAAGAAGCACCUCCGUGUUCUGCCCAUGUAUGCUGGGCUGCCUUCUCCUGAGCAGCUGAAAGUGUUUGAGAGAGUCCCUCACACUGUCAGGAAGGUGAUCGUUGCCACCAACAUUGCCGAGACCUCCAUCACAGUGCACGGCAUCGCCUUUGUCAUCGACUGUGGCUUUGUGAAGCUGCGUGCCUACAACCCCAAGACGGCCAUCGAGUGCCUGGUGGUGGUGCCCGUGUCCAAAGCCUCGGCCAACCAGCGGGCAGGGCGUGCCGGCCGCAACCGCUCCGGGAAGUGCUACCGCCUCUACACAGAGGAGGACUUUGAGAAGCUGCCCAAGUCCACUGUGCCAGAGAUGCAGCGCAGCAACCUGGCCCCUGUCAUCCUGCAGCUCAAGGCUUUGGGGAUUGACAACGUGCUCAGGUUCCCCUUCCUUUCGCCACCCCCUGCACAGUCGAUGGUGCAAGCUUUAGAGUUGCUGUAUGCUUUAGGAGGUUUGGACAUGCACUGCCGAUUAACAGAGCCUCUUGGGAUGAGAAUAGCAGAGUUUCCUUUGAAUCCUAUGUUUGCAAAGAUGCUUCUGGAAUCAGGAAAUUUUGGCUGCUCCCAGGAGAUCUUGACAAUUGCUGCCAUGAUGCAGAUUCAAAACAUCUUUGUGAUCCCUCCAAAUCAAAAAAACCAGGCUGCCAGGCAGCACAGAAAGUUUGCUGUGGAGGAAGGGGAUCAUCUGACCAUGCUGAAUGUUUAUGAAGCCUUUGUCAAACACAGCAAGAGCUCCCAGUGGUGUCAGGAACACUUUCUGAACUACAAAGGGCUUGUGAGAGCUUCUGUUGUAAGAGAGCAGCUGAAAAAACUUCUCGUCCGCUUUAAAGUGCCAAAGAAGUCCAGUGAAGGUGAUCCAGAUCCUGUUUUGAGGUGCAUAGUUUCUGGAUUCUUUGCUAAUGCAGCUAAAUUCCACUCCACAGGAGCUUACAGGACUAUCCGUGAUGACCACGAGCUCCAUAUCCACCCCAGCUCAGUGCUGUAUGCAGAGAAACCUCCACGCUGGGUAGUCUACAAUGAAGUCAUACAGACUGCUAAAUACUACAUGAGAGAUGUGACAGCUGUGGAAUCCUCCUGGCUGUUGGAGCUGGCACCCCACUUUUACCAGCAAGGAACGGUACGGAAUCGGCAUAAAGGCCAAACGCAUCUUUCCUUGAAAGCAAAAAGGGCUAAAGUAGAUGACCACUGACAUGACUUCAGUUGUUCUGACAUCAGAAGCAGAACCUACCAGUGAUUUCAAGCUGGCUACAGUCCAUUCAGCAGUCAGUUCAUUAGCAAUUUGAUCUUCCAUCAACCUAAAUGUUUAAAUGCCUGCCAGGAUCUGUAGGGGUUUAUGCAUGACCAGUACAUUGUAAACCUAGAGCUUGCAUUGUGGACAUUUUAAUCUUUGCCUACUUGACCUCUCUUGUUAAUCUGGGCAUGUUGCUCCUUUUAAAUAGGUAGAAAAACAACUUAAAAAGUAAGAGGACAUACAGGACCACAAAAAAAAACCUGAAACCUUCAAGAAAGAAACAGAUUUCCUGGAGUGGUACUGCCUUAUGAGCGUGGGGAGUAGGGUACCCUGCCUCCUGUCACCCAGAGCACUGUGACUUACACCGGCCAAACUGAGCCUGGCUCCUGCCAGCAGGAGCUCAGGGCAAUCAACUACCCCUUGAAAUGCAAGGUGCUGCCAUGGAAACAUGGAUUUCCUGUUGGACCAUCCCAAACUGGUGCAGCUUGUGCUCCCAAGCAGUAAAAGUGUCCUGCCCAAGGCUGAGCUGGCCCAGCCCACUGUGCUGAGCAGUCCCUGGGGACUCAGAUGUCUGGGUUCUGCUCAUGGGAGUUGCUGUUUGGGGAGGGGGAGAAAGAGCAGCUCAGUAUUUUUAAGAUGGAUUAAUUUUCUGCUCAAUCAGGGGACUAAAGAUAUAUGUUCACAAUCAAUCAAGUUCAUAGAUGGGGCUUUACUUUUCUUUUUUAUCCUAUGAGAGAAAAGAUGUUAACCUUCCACUGGUUGGAAAUACCAGUAAAUUUCAUUGAGGAAUAUCAUGGAACUCUGUUUUUUAGCCUCUGUUGAUCAGCAAAGAGAGAAAUGUUCUAUACUUUCCUAAAAGGAACACAGUCCUUUAUAUUUCUUUUAUUACCAAUCUGUUCUUUGCUGCUUGGGACUCAUUUUCCUCUGUUACUGAGGAGAAGGAUGCUCUGAACAGUUGCUGCUUUAAUUGGGAUUCCAUGGCUACUUUUCAGGAAGGAAUUAUGCUUGUUUGUGUUUUAACAAGACAGCUUGGAUACACAUCUUUAUUUAUUUCCAUUUUCCAUUUUUACCUAUUGCUAUUUAUUUUAGAAAGACAUCGCUUGAAAAUUUUAUUUUUCUAAUUCAACUGAUUUGAUGAAUGUGUUUUUUGGCAUAUUAACUGUUUUAUUUUCUUUAAAAAAAAAAAAGGGAUGUAAAUAGGCAAAAAUUUCUACAUAGAAAAAAUGCCUUCCUCAUCAGAGGACUGCCUUGAAAACUUUCUUGAGAGCUUCUUUACCUUGUCCCUUCCCAAUACCUGCAGAGAGAGCACGUUGUGCCAUGUGCACUGUGUGGUCUCCUCAGUGUGUCCAUCCUGACUGCCAGCACAAACACAUGUACCAGUCUCCAGGAAUGGCACCAGCAGCAUGAAAACUGUCACCUUCCUCCUUGUUGUCCCUGUGCCCCUCACCUUUGUAUCACUCUCUUAGACUGGAAGCUCCUCGGGGCAGGGACUGUCUCCUAGCCAGAGCUGAGAGCAGUGUUGGAACUCACUAAAAAGAUUUCAUUUGCAGGUUUUUUUCUCUUAAAGGAUCGGAGAAAGAACUGAGUAUGAAGGCUUGUUAAUUGUCUGUGUUUCUCUGUCCUCUGGAAGUAUUCUUAAGAAAAAUAAAACUGUUGAAUUGAGGAA